AUAUUUUUCAGAAGUUAAGAUUAAGAGCAACAUCAGAUAAUGGCAAGUAGAUUUUCAUGUAGCAUAUGCCUCGAAGAUUUCACGAAGCCAAAACUAAUCGACUGUCAUCAUACAUUUUGCGAAAAAUGUUUGUCAGAUCACAUCAGAAAUUUUUCUCUGAACAACCGCUUUCCGUGUCCCAUGUGUCGACGUGACAUACAAGUUCCUGAAGGUGGUGUCAGUGCAUUUUCUUCAAAUUUUUACUUAGAAGAUACCCUGAAAGAACCUAGUGCUAGCCCAAAUGUCAUUGACAAAAAGAUAGAUGGAUUAGACAUUCUUAAAUGUGAUGUAUGCUUUGGAAGACAGGCUAUUGGAGACCAUGAGCUUACUCCUUCUGCUAGAUUUAAAUGCAAAGAAUGUCAACAAUUUAUGUGUGGUGACUGCAAAACUACUCAUGAUUCUUUUUCUGGCUGCUUUAAUCAUGUAGUAUUAAGCCUUGAGGAUCUUGAAUUGUUUGAAGAAUCACCUGGGGACUCAUUGAAAAGAGAAGAAAAGAUAUUUUGUCCUAAACAUCCCAAAGAUUUGUUGGAGUUUUUUUGUCGGGAUUGUUGGAUAAGUGUCUGCUACAAAUGUUCAGCUACUGUCCAUAAUGGUCAUAAAAUCCAAGAAAUUGAUGAAGGAGUUAAAGCAGAUGCUAUAAAGGAAGUUGAAGAUUUGAAGUACCAAAUAACUUACACAAAAGGAAAUAUUGAAGAAUAUCUAAAUUCAUUGGUAUUUAGCAUAUCAACUUUACAGAUAUCUACUCACGCAACAUGUGAUAAAAUUGACGACCACAUUGCUAAAAUGUGUCAAGAAUUGAAGAAAAAGGGUGAAAUCCUGAAAACUGAU